CAAAGCUGAACUAUUUCCAACAGCCACAGGUUAUCAAAGAAUCUAAUUUUUUGAAGUUCUCAGAGAUUUUUUCUUUCUUAGCACCGUCACAAGUCCAGCCAUCAUUCUCUGCCAUUUACCGGGCUGGUGAUCCAAUCCUAAUCUACUUCAAUUCAUCAUCUGUAUUGAGCACGCUUAGACAGCCAGUAAAAAUGGGAGCCAGUGGACUUUGUGUUGAUGGAAAUCCUGCUGGCUUCCUGGACAGUAAAAGCACAAGCUGUACUCGGAUAUUUGCCAACUUGAGCAAGAGUUGCAUUACUGACCCUGCCCUAGAUGCUGCCUCCUACUACCGUGACUUCGCUGUGCUAAAGGUCCCAAUUAAUGACACCAUCGUGCAGUCCAUGAAGAUAAAGGUCACUGCAGUUGCACCACCUGGAGCUCCAUACAUGAAAGACGACACAUGUAACAAUGUUGUUUCUGAGGUGAUAUAUGAGAUAGAAUUCAGUGGCAUGCGUGGGAUUCAGAAUGUUUCUGUCCAGUUCAAAGUGAGCAACAUCUCUGGAAAGUCAGGAUCCUCUCUACAGCAGCACUUCACUUUGCAUUUCUGGACCAGGACUCUUUCUCAUAUGUUACCUAGAAGUGGAAACCCUGGCUAUAUCACUGGAGCACCACUGUUGAUUGGAAGCAGUGGUGCUGUGCAGCAUAUGAGCAUUUUGCAGAGUGAAGGUGAUGGACGUUGCUCACAGUUCCUCAGACACACAGUACAAUUUGGAAAAAAUAUGAGAACAGGCUGCAAGUUCAGCCUGUCCCCAAUAUUGGAAGAAAGUAACUGUAGUUACAUCCAGCAGGAGUUAUACAAGGCUCUUCAGGGGAUGAACAGAGCAGAGGACCUUGCCAUAAUUGGCAGUGCUCAUUCAACCCAGGCAGAAGAGUGGACGACUAUUCUGAUUCGGAACUGCAGUGUGCAGGCUGUGAAUUGCACUUCCUGUUGCAUGGUUCCUGUGACCCUGGAGAUACAGAUAUUGUGGACUAAGGUGGGCCUCCUGUCCAAUCCACAAGCUCAAGUACGAGGUGGACGGUACUCUUACCAGUGUUACCUCCUGAAG